AUGUCAACCGUUGAGACUUCUGCUCCCGUCGACGCUGCCAAGACCACUGAGGUGGCGCCUGAGGCUACCGCACCUGCUGAGCAGCCGGAGACAGUACAGCCUGCACCUGAGGCUGCGAAGGAAGCCACGACGGAGCCUGCCGAGGCCACGCCUGCUGCAGCACCCUCUGACGCACCAGCGCCUGAGCCUACUGGUGCCACUGAACCCACGACCACCAUGACUACGCCUGCCGAGACCGAAGCCACUCCAAAGGCUCAGGAGACUGCGCCGAAGGUGGAGGAGAAGGAAGAGGAGGAACCUCAGAAUGAGCUUACGAAGAAGUUCACAGAGAAGGAGUGGACCGCGUUGAAGGAGUUUAGGAAGGGCCUUCCGGAUGUGUUUAAGAAGGCUUACGUUGAGAAGGAGGGUUACACUCCCGCCCCCAUCGUUCUCUGGACCGUCACCAUCGACCCGAAUGGCAAGAAGGAUGCGAAGGCGUCGGUCGUACUCAUGAAGUUCCUCCGCGCUCGUGAUUUGAACGUAGAACUCGCGAAGGAAAUGAUGGUGCACACCCUCCGCUGGCGCGACGAGUUUGGCGUCGAGGCUGCCAUUCAGGAGACGUUCCCCGAGGACGUAUUCGGCAACUUGGGCCACAUCUAUGGACGCAGCAAGAACAACCAACCGAUCACGUAUAACCUUUACGGGCAGAUGGGCGACUUGAAGACCGUCUUUGGCGACAAGAACCGGUUCAUGAGGUGGCGCAUCAAGCUCAUGGAGGAAGGUAUCACCAAGCUCGACUUCGAGACGGUCGACCAGAUGAUCCAAGUACACGACUACGAAGGUGUCGGCUGGAACAGCCGCGACGCGAACUCGAAGGCAGCCGCAAGUGAGAUCUCGAACAUCUUCUCGAACCACUAUCCCGAGUUCCUCUCGCACAAACUCUUCGUCAACGUGCCCUCCGCGUUCACCUGGAUCUUCUGGCUCUUCAAGCCGCUGCUUCCGGCCGCCACACUUGCGAAGAUGAAGGUCGCCGGCCGCGGGCCACAUGGCAUCGGCAAGGAGCUGUUACCGUUGAUUGACGCCGAGCAAUUGCCGAAGCAGUAUGGUGGCAAAGCCGAUGCGCCGUUCGGUAGCAAGUAA